CAUCUCUGCUGCAAUUUUCUUCAGCAGUUGAGCCACAGGGUAGUGAACCACCUGCAACCAACCUUGCCAACUCCUCCCUCUUAAAACCCCCACCAUCAAAUACUCACCUUUUUCCAACAUGUCACCCACAGCCUGAUCUCCAUUAACCUGCUUCAAUGGGGGAGGGCAAGGGGGAAGAACUUGUGAAAAUCGAGUUCAAGGCCUAUAUGCAUUGCAAUGAAUGUGGGAAGGAGGUGGAGAAGUAUGUCACCAAAAUUGAAGGAGUUCAGAGGGUGGAGGCGGACGUGGAGAAAUCGAGGUUGAAGGUAGUGGGGAGGGUGGAUUCCGAGAGGAUCCAAAAGAAGCUCGAGAAGAAGAUUAAGAGGCUCGAACUUCUUUCUCUCUCCAAGGAGAAAGCCAAGGUGGAAGAAAAGAAAAUCGUCCUCAAGCUUCAAAUACACUGUGAGAAAUGCGACGAAGACCUGAAGGAAGAGCUAAUGAAAUUAAAAGAUGUUUAUAGAGUAAAAACGGAUUUCAAGGCUCAGACGUGCACGAUAGAAGGCACCAUGGAGCAAGAGAAGAUCAUCGAGUUUCUGCACAAGAAAUUUAAGAAGCAUGCGGAAGUUGUAGUGCAAAAGGUGGAGAAAAAGAAGGAAGAGGAGAAGAAAAAGGAGGGGGAGAAGAAAGUGGAGAUAAAGGCCGAGAAAAAGGAAGUAACUGUGGAGAAGAAAGUAGAGAUAAAAGCUGAGCAGAAGGCCCCAGCUCCAUACGUUGUUCAAUGUGUCUACGCCCCUCAGACUUUCAGUGAUGAAAACCCAGAAGCUUGUCAUGUCAUGUAACGCCAUACAACUCUCUCUCUCUCUCUCUCUAUAUAUAUAUAUAUAUAU